GCUUCACUGGGAAAUAAAUGGGCUGCGUUUCCAAAAGUAGCCGUAAGAGGGCGCAGUGAGCCCCGAAUAACUGCAACCGGGGAAGUUGCUUGUCUUCAGACAAAAGAGACCACUCUGCUUAUUACGAAGCACAAAAACGGGAGGGAAACAUUGCUGUCAUCCAUUUGGAGUAAAUAUGAUAUAUAUCAUGAGGUUUAUGCAUAUUUUUUUCAAACCAGUAUGGUGACGUAUAUAUUUGCAGUAAACAACAAAUUGCAGCCUUUCUGUUUUGAGGUCAGAGGAAGGGUUUGAAAUAAAAUCUUGCUGAGGAAAAAAAAAAAAAUAAUAAUGUCGAUUUGAAAAAUACAAGAAACGUCGACAACAAAAUGAUAGCUUUACGACACAGCGCUGUCACUAUGUCUCGUUUUGAAUGUUUAUCUGCAUUCACCUUGUGAGAAAGAGCGACGAUUCUACAAGCAUAACAGCUCCCCGGCCCCCCUCCCUCCAUUUUGCACCCACUAUCAACCCUCCCACUCGGCCUCCUCCAGGCACGGGGGGGCUGGGGGGGGGGGUGGAGUGGGAGGAGCCAUCCCGCCUUUGCCUGCUAGCUUGCCUGCCGUCAGAGUGUAAAACAGUGCAGCCAGCCACGGUGCGUGUCAGAGGGCUGUCUGUGCUCCCCACGUCGAUGACUGCUUCACAUCUGGUGUCUGUGUCGCUACUCACUGCCACUGCAGAGACCACAACCGGUCCACGCGAGAACAAGCACAAGUCACGAUAAGGUUUCUCAAGCGUGGGAAAGGAUGCCGGCGAUUGUAAGCAAAAACUCAGACAUGGAGUUCGACUCUUUACAACCGUGCUUCUACCCGGAUGAGGACGACUUCUACUUCUGUGGUCCCGACUCGGCGCCACCGGGGGAGGACAUCUGGAAGAAAUUCGAGUUGCUGCCCACUCCGCCCCUUUCCCCGAGCCGCGCCGCUCUACCUGGGGAACCGGCGGCAGCCUCCCCGGAGGCGGACCUCCUGGGCUUCGGCUUGGGGGACCCACUGGACUGGGCUUCGGAGCUGCUCCUCCUGCCCGAAGACGACAUCUGGGGGGCAUCUGACGAUAUGGAUCUGUUCGGUUCCGCUUUGGAUACAAACCCAAACAGCAUCAUCCUCCAGGACUGUAUGUGGAGUGGAUUCUCGGCCAGAGAGAAGCUGGAGAGGGCGGUCACGGAGAAACUCGGGAAGGCUAUUACGAGUGCCGCCACCACCGCGGUGGUCGCAGCGGUGGCUCCGGCGGCUUCGGGUCCCUCCACCGGGAGGCGGGACGUGUGCGUAAAAGCGCCCGAGGCGGUGAGCCGCAGCGCGGCGUCGGAAUGCGUGGACCCGGCGGUGGUGUUCCCCUUCCCCGUGAACAAGAGCGGCGGCGGGGACUCGAGCGUCAGCGCGAGCGCGGCCGCGACGCACGGGAGCGCCCACAGCGACUCGGAAGAUGAGGAAGAGGAUGACGACGAAGAGGAGGAGGAAGAUGAUGAUGAGGACGAGGAGGAGGAGGAAGAAGAGGAAGAGGAGGAGAUUGACGUGGUCACCGUAGAAAAGAGGCGUUCCACAAUCAGCAAAGCCGCCGUGGUGUCCAGAAGUCAAGACCAGAGGGGGUCCGGCGGCGGCGCGGGAUCCGGCUCGGCGGGUCGCUUCGUCAGCCGAGCCCCCCAGGAGCUCAUCCUGAAGAGAAGCUCGGUGCACCAGCAGCAACACAACUACGCCGCGCCCUCGCCGUACACGUCGGACGACGACCCGGCGCCGCCUCCCAAGAAACAGAGGACGUCGGACAUCGCGAAACCCCCGACGCGAAACGCCUCCUUGUCCUGCGCGUCGGGCCCGCGCAGCAAGCGCAGCUGCAGCGGCGACAGCAGCCCCAGGGGCGGGUCCGACUCGGAGGACAGCGAGCGCCGGCGCAACCACAACAUCCUGGAGCGCCAGCGCCGCAACGACCUGCGCUCUAGCUUCCUGACGCUACGCGACCACGUACCCGAGCUAGCAUACAACGAGAAGGCGGCCAAGGUGUUGAUCCUCAAGAAGGCCACCGAGUACGUCAGCUCCCUGGACAGGGAGGAACGGCGGCUCCAGCUGGAGAAGGACAGGCUGCAGGCCCGCCGGCAGCAGCUGAUGCGCAGGCUGGAGCUGGCGAGGACUCGCUGACGCGCCGCGAGCGCCCGUCGACACCCAUACGUUGCCGGGAUGCCGCCGCAACCUGCGCCGAAAACAGCCUCAAUCCACCCAGUCUAGAUGGGUAACCUUUGGAGUUGGCCUUGACACUUAAGCACAGACACGCAGGGCCCCCCCCCCAACCCCCCAACCCCCCCGCAUGUACACAAACGUCUCGGAAGGGGGCGGAUGCUUAUUUGGAGGGACGUUGGGACUUUCACUGCCGCCACUUUUUUUGCACAUUUGUUGACGUUAAGAAUGUUUAGGGUUUACUUUUUCAAUCCAGUCACAUUGAGGAACGAUAAAAGAAUGAGGAAAUAGAGGCUUUUUUUAUAUCAAGUUUUGGUAUUAUUUGUAUUGUAUGCAUUGUUUUUUUUUUGUACUCACUGUGACACCAGCCUGGAAUCAAGUGGAUUCCUACCGGGAGCGGUGUUGGAGGGCACUUUGCUCGGAGUGCUCGACUCAACUAAGGAGUCAUGCACAACUCUAACUUUGCCUUCACAACUGCAAAAGCGGACAACUUUAUACAAAAUAGAAAACAAAGACUCUAUGGACACAAGCGAUGAUGCCACUACAGGUUUUCUCUCACUCCUCCAUCACACUGGUGCUCCAACCAAGUAAAAAUGGAUGUAUACCUGUGCACCUUUCUAGCCGACACUUUUGUAUAUACAGUGCAUAGAAAGUCUACACACCCCUGUUCAACUGCCACGUUUUGGUAAUGUUCACAAAACAAAAGAGGCAAGAAUAAAUCUUUCAACAUUUUUUUUACACUAUUAAUGUGCUCUACUGUAUGACCUGCACAACUCUAUUUUUUUUUAAAUGAGCGGUUAAGUCAAAUGUGUGAGGUUUGCAUAAGUGUGCACACCCUCUUGGAAGUGAGAAAGUGGCUGCGUUCAGAAUUCAUCAGAUUUUAACUCUGGGAAAAUGGGAGUUUAAAGUGCUUCUGAUGAUCCCCAAAUCAAGCUGGGCUGUUCUAGUAGGCUCUUCCUGAGAUUUUGGAAGUCAUAUUUUAGAGCAAAAGGUUCAUAGAGAGCUUCCACAGCAUUAGAGGGAUCUCACUGUUCAAAGGCAUCAGCUUGGAGAAGGGUACAAAAGAAUUUCCAAGGCUUUAAAAAUACACUAUAGACGCUCUGAUGUUACCAAGAGCAGAAUAUCUGUCCAAAAUAGUUAAAAAAGAUGACAAGAAAACUGGGCAUGGAGGCUGCUAAAAAGCCAACAGUCAUGCUUAAAAAUUUGCAGGAAACUCUGGCAUGUACUGGCCGUUUGGUAUACGUGACAACAAUCUCCUGUUUUCAAAAUCAUCCAAAGCUUGGCAACACUUUGCAAAAUCACAUUUGAAAUCUAAGCCUGACGGGAAAUGUGUUGUAGUUGGAUAACGCUCAGGUUUUUUUGGAGCCUAAGUGAAGGUGGAGGGAAUUAUGAACAGUUCUAAAUGAAAGUCGUAGAUUUAAAAUAAGCUGGAUAUGAAGACGUCAUCUCCAGUGGCCAAAAGCAGAAAUCCUAAUCCACACAAGGGUGGCUUCACCAGGAGACGAGUCCGGUUUUAAAAUGGCCCAUGCAGAGUCCGGAUGUGAAUCAGGUGGUACUGUCGGGGUGAUCUGAAGAGUUCUGUGCACCGUUGAUCCCUUUAAAGUCGGACAUAUUGGCGCAAUUGUUGCCGCACUGCGAGUCUCCAAUUCAAAGAGAAUAACCGGCAAUGGAGUUUGAGGGUGUGCACAUUUAUGCAACUAGCUUUUUGAACAUUUUUUUUUCCUAAUGGAGAUGUCCAUUUUAUAGACUACGUUAAUAAUGGAAAAGUUUUGAAAUUACUUCCUGUCACAUUUCUUUAUGUCGCAAAAAUGUUGCAUUUGAACAGGGGUGCAAACUUUUUUUUUUUUUUGCCGUCACAACAGUGUACAGACAAAAUACACUCAGAUCUGCCUUGUUUUGUAAUACAUUUUGUCCUCUUUUUUUUUUUAAAUAAAUCUAUACACGUCAGGAAGCUGCCAAUAAUAACUAGACUGGAAGUUUAUAUACAAUUUAAAAAAGUACUGUAAGGUUUCAAUUUUUGAGAGUCACGAACUUUGUAAUAUAAGGAUAUUUUGCUUUCGCCCCCCGCUCCCUCUCCUUUUUUUUUUUUCUCUUUGUAUCGUAUCGUUUUACUAAUUCUACACACCUUUACGCUUUUUAGUGUGAACCUGAUACAUACUAAAUUUGAUACUUAUAUUUUCGUAUGAAAAUGAGUUCUCGGUAGAUAUCACUUAUCUUCUUUCAUCUUCGAUCUCAAACUUUUUGUACAGCAAAUGUGUUCUAUCCUCAUGUACUUUUUUUUUUUAAUCCUUUCCCCUCCUCUCCCUUUUGCUUAUAUUUGUAACUAUCGGGUGCAUAGAACUGGGAAUCUGGAUAAGAUGUUUUUUUUUGUUUUUUUUUUCUCCCCCCUCCCUCCCGAUUUUGAAAAAUGUACAUUUAUUAGUGCUGCAACUCAUAGCACUUUGAAAUACCUCAUUUUGACAAAUAAAUAGACAUCAUUAAACCGG